AUGGAUUCCGUUAGCGUAGAACUCCGGCGACCUGGAGGCGAAGAAAGCCCGAAGGUCAUUUUCGAGGUGGUCACGAUCAUCGUAGCGCUUCUCUUGUUCUUCGCUUCUGAUGCUGAAGCGGUCGGAAGAGGUGGUAGUCGGCCAGGUCCAAUCUGUACGGUUGGGCGACGACCUGUGGUGAAAGCUAAGCUCGCCGUGGCAUGGCUGCUUAGCUUGGGGAAAAGUCUCUUUGCCACCCCAGCAUAUUCACUGCCUCAGUACCCUGCACAUUGGGCCCUGCCGUCUCAGACGUCGGACGGUAUGGCGACCGGUGAGAGGGGAUCAAAUCUCAGUUUGCUCAGGACGUCAUUGGUUCUGGACCAAGGUGACCCACGCAUGACUCGCCACGGAGACUGUCUGAGACUGUGUACUUACAAAGCGAGAACAGUGUCCACAGCCGCUGACCUGCAUGCCUUUCUCGGAGCUGCAGAGCGUAUCAAAUUUCACGUGAUUGCUCUGCAGGAGACCAAGUGCAGAAGGAGCGACGUACGACAGAUGAAUGACGGUACACUCGUCAGUCGUGGAGAGAAGGUUCCGUCGCGAAAUGUAGGCGGUGCUGGUUUUGUUGUGCACCCAUCUGUCGUCCAUCUUGUCGAUUAUCACGAGAUCCUGUCACCUCAUCUGGAUAUUUUUCACCUCCGCUCUCUGCGCCAAAAACCCAUCAGUAUCAUAAACUGCUACUCACCAACAUCAGCAGUUGGUGAUUCCGAAAUGGACGCCUUUUACGAGGAACUGGAGGAAGUGAUCCACAACGAGAAGUCCUUCUACAAAUUCGUUGUCGGAGACUUCAACGCAAAACUAGGAAAGGCCAUAGAAGGGAAAUACAGGAUUAGAAGAUUUGGACUAGGGGACCGGAAUGAAAAUGGCAAUCGCCUUGCCGGGCUGUUGUCCGCCGCUCGCCUUUUUCAUGCGAACUCUCUUUUCAUGAAAAAAGAUCAUCGUCGGUGGACAUGGGAAUGGCCCAAUGGCGCGACUAGUGCGGAGAUCGGCCACAUACUCACCAACCGGAGGUGGAGUCUACUCGUCUCAGUAGUACCAUCCUUUUGUAGUGGUUCUGAUCACCGUCUCCUUCGUGCGAAAAUACGACUUAGCCACACGAUGGAAAAGAACAUUUGCUACCUGCAACGAAGGAGAAAAGAAGUCGUCUACGACGAUUGCGUACUCGAGGACUCCUUGUCCCAAGGUGACUGGCAUAUCGAGGAGGACCCAAAGGUGGACUACGAGAUGCUGCUCAGAGGAUUACGAGCCUGUGCUGAACGUGCCUCGAAGCCGCGCACGACAAACAUGGAUCGAAUUUCGAAGACCACCAAGGAAUUGUUGGAAAGAAGAAGGGCUUUGAGGCUUGAUCCGAAUGCAUCGCACAUUGAGCGCCCAAUCAUCCCCACUGGCGAAACUCCACCACGGAUUCUUCCUUCGGAAGUACGAGUUGCUAUCAAGAGCAUGAAACCUGGUACAGCCCCCGGACCUGAUUUUAUAUCAGCAGACUUUCUUCGGAAAGAAAGGAUCCCAGACCAGUGGAAGACAUCGCGAACCGUUCUUAUCCAUAAGAAAAGUGACCGAGAGGACCUUCGGAACUACCAACAAGCUGGAUUCCGCCAGGGGUUCAGCUGCUUGGACCACAUCCAGACCGUGUCGAGGGUCUCAAAAGCUUGCCGGGAAUACCGCCCGCCCCUUGACUACAAGAAAUCCUUCGACAGCGUAGAAACGAAAGCAACGCUGUUAGCGCUGAUCGAUCAAGGUGUGUACGCGUCGUAUGUGAGGACAUUAGCCAAUUGCUACGAUCGACGCACAACUAGGAUACAGCUUUUCUACCACCCUCUCGCCAUACCCAUUGGAAAGGAGGUACGACGAGGCGAUACUAUAUCGCCGAAGCUGUUCACGGCUGCAUUGCAAUGGAUAAUGAAAUCACUAUCCUGGGAAGAAAGGGGCAUACGUGUUGAUGGAAGAUUUCUCUCGAACCUUCGUUUCGCGGACGACAUCGUUCUCUUUUCAAGCAGUACCAAUGAAGCAGAAACGAUGCUCAACGAAUUGAACGAAGCAGGGAAGAGAAUAGGACUACGAAUAAACAGAAAGAAGACACAGUUCAUGAAGAACGCCUACUGCGAGGACGGAGGAGUACAACUUGAAGGCUCCCAAAUCGUGGAAACUCCGUCAUACGUAUACCUCGGACGUUCUAUGAACAUGGAAAACGACUUAAAGGAAAAACUGAAUAGAAGAACGAGAGCAGAACGGGCAGCAUUCGCAUCCGUCAGGGAAGCUACGGACCAACUGACGGACCAAGAUCUUCGUGCCCAUCUGUUCGACUCGACAGUCCUUCCAGCGCUCUGUUACGCAGCGGAGACGUGGGCAGACACCGCGGCCACGUCUAGGAAGCUACUUACUACCCACAGAGCGCCUGAGAGAUGUCUCCUGAAGUUUAACCGGCGCACACAACACCUUGCCGGUCUUCGUAGCUUCGACUUAAAAGGAAUGUCCUGUCUUCACGACCCAGCGGAAUAUGUAUCGAAAGCAAAACAUAGAUGGGCCGGUCACAUCAUAAGAAGAAUCGACGAUAGAUGGACCAAAAGAACGCUAGAGCGGAUCCCAAGAGAUGCUAAACGCCCUCGAGGGGACCGCCAACGAAAUGGGAUGACGUGUUCGCUGCACGGAUGGACCAGCUGA